AUGGUUGCGCUGCGCUGGGAGCGCCGACAUCCCAGGAUCCCUGCGAAGCUCAGGAUAGCAGCAGAGGAUGCGGUCACAAAGCCGCCCGAGAUCAAGUCCACCGUGGUGAGGAGCGCCUUCGCGGCCAUCAGCUCAAGAUUCCCGGACCUCCAGGUCUUCGUCGGAGCGCACGGUCUCGGCAUCUCGCAGGCAACCCUGCGUGAGAUGGUGGGGAGGGCCAGAUCAAAGCGAAGCAACUGGCGAGCGCGAGGAAAAGAUUUACCGCUAAGGGUGAUGAGAGACACGCUGUGGGUCGAGGACGUCAUGUGGGCUCUGCGAGUGAGGAAGACCAGGCGAGAGUUCGACAAGUGGGAGAUUAACGAGUAUCGUGACGAGUGGGUGUCCAUUCUGGAGGCGGCAACACCGAACAACCAUACCGUCUUCGCCCCCCCGCCCGACCACCGUAUCGCACCGCCGCUGAGUUUUACCGAACUACUUCAACAAGAUUCCUCCUCCCUGCCUUCAGUGCUUUCGGCCAACCCUGGAGGCAGCAGCGCCUCUGUGUCGAACGGUGGCGGUGGCGGCACCGGGUCCCACUUGACGUCGCAAUCGCGCGGGGGCAGGAACGAUCGGAGCGGCAGCACCGGCACCGGCAACAGCAGCGAACGGCGAAUCGGUGGGGCAGGGGGGGGACGCGAAGGAAUGGAAGGAAGACGAGGACGAGGUGGCGCCGCCGCCGCCGCCGGGGGGGGGUCAAUGGGAUCUGUGACCAGACCGGUCUCUACGGGGAAAAUGUGGACACCCCUAGAGUCCCGACUACCCACGUCGCUGCUGCUCACAUCGAGACCGGGAUCGGCGGCGGCAGCGGUAGGGGGAACCGGGGCGGGGGCGGGUGGUGACCUAGCUACAACGACGGGGGGGACACCCACGGUGGUAACGGGCGGAAACGAGUGGGGGGGCGAAGGGGGAGCCGAGGACCCUACCGUGUGGAACUUCUCGAGCUGGACCAACGGAGGGGGGAGCGGCGGGGCGAACGGCCACGGCUCCUGCGAGGAGGGUCACGUCGUGACUGCUCAAGAGCGAGCACUUUUUGGGAGAAAACCGUCGCCGGCUACGGUCGCCCGCUCCACCUCCUACGCGCCCAGGAGACGCCCCCCCUGCAGCACCGACGGACGACGCCACAGGCCGGAGGUCGGGAGCGGUGACGACACGGCCGAGCUCUACGAGAUGGAGAGGGACAUAAACACCUCGUCGUUCGCCCUCGCGGACGCGACAGACCUCUCCAUCACGGCGGCCUCUCACAAGCGCGGGCGCGGGGACGGGCGGAGCGCGGUAAGGGCAUGGGGCUCGGUUGCUACUUCAGCCCUGACGUUCGACGACGCCGCCGGUCUUUCCCACGCGAACGCUGAAGCCUCCGCCGAUUCUGCGACCGAAACUUCGGACCGGAUCGACGCAAGCGCGUCGGGCGGAGGACGGUUGCGGAGAGCCUCUGGGACGGUGACGGCGGGAGCGACAGCUGCAGCCGGCGUCAAGAGGAUUGGGGUUCCAACGUUUGAGCUUUCGUGUCCUGAGGACAACGAUGAUCAGGACGACACGGGAGGGGGUAGACAGGGAGAACGAGAGGGAGAAGGACAUGGAAGAAACGGGGGCGGGGAGGGGGGGGCGGGGAGCGCUGCGGAGUGGUGGUGCGAGGCUCUAGGCCCGACGUCGCGGCGACCAGUAACACGGCGUUCCUUGGACCACAGCGGCGGGGUCGCCGGCCGCGGAGCGCCACAAGGCACCGGCGGCACCUGGGGGCCGUGGGAAGAGGACCCAGGAGGGGGGUGCGGGCAACACGAGCGCAGCGGUUGUGGAUGGACUUCCGACGGGACGGUGCAGGGCGGUGAGGGAUACAGAGGCGGACGGAGAAGGGCGAGUGCGGCCGCCCCGAACUGCGGGUUUUCGACGGAGUCGAAGCAGCGGAAUCUGGAGGAUUUUCUGAAGCGUAGAUCGUCCAUGGACAAGUCGGAAGGCCUGGCCUCUGAGCGGGUGCGAGUGUGGGAGGCGGGCCUGGCGCGCGCCCAGAGCGGCACGCGUUUCCGGCACCAAAUCGGCAGGGGCACGAUCAGAGAAAACUACGACCAAAGCCUCAGGGACAAGGCUUGCGAGACGCUUGCCCUCGACCUCAGAGGGUACGGAACCCAUCUCCUCGCGCCGGAGACGGCAACGACGAUACCCACCGCCGGCGGCGGCGCUUCGGAACGAUGCGCAAGCGCCAGCGGCGCCGGUGUCGCGGCAACGGGGACACCGACAAGGGCGAUGAAGAGGGCGUGGUCGUCGACCAGAAUAGGAGGAGGCAACGCGGGCGGUGGUGGUGGUAGGAGUAGCGGCGGGGUUAGGUUGUUGUUGCCGUCGCCGACGGGUGCGGGGGCGGAUUGUUCAAAGCCCCCUCCGUUUGGCCCCGUUCGCGGCACCACCGUCCAAGAGGCGCGCAUCACCGCGGUCACGCAUCAGGCGGGUAUGUGGGGCAAAUGCUCGCAAGGACACUUCGGUCGCUUUGAGGAGAAGCCCUACGUUCACUCCUUCAGUCAACACCUCGGAGGUUUCCUCUACGACACGAAGAGAAGUCCGCGGGAGGAGAGGUGGGGGGUGGUUUCGCGCCACGAGGCUGCACUCUUGGCAGAAUGA